AAAAAGGAAGAUGAAUAAAAUAAUAAAAAAGCACACUGUUACUUGCAGCGUCAAAGCCCAUGGGCUGUUUAUGAUAUUCCAAGUUCCAACGUUGGUUGCUUGGCUAUUCCUAUGCUUGCGUCUCUCUGUCUCUGAGACAUUUUCAGAGUCACGUUUAUAGCAGUCAUAAAAUGAACUAAAUCAACCACUUCAUCUGUUGUCAGGUACCGUAGCUUUCGCUCAUGCUCUUUUGUUUGGAAGGAGGUGGGAGCUUCUCGUCUCUUCCUCUAAUAAGAAAAAAGGAAACCAAGGGUCUCUGCACAGCAUAUGUUUGUCUAAAUGCUUCACUGAAGUGCACUUUUGAAAUGGACAUAAAUUUGUAUUUUUUUUCUUCAGGAAACUGAGUGUGGGUCGGUCUCAGCGAGUUUUCAGCGACAAUAUUUAGUUUUAGUAAACAACUUUUUUUUUUUUUUUUUUUUUUUUUAAGUGAUGAUUGUAAUUACUAGUUGACAGAUGAGGUAUUUGAAACCUUUAAGUUUGUUCCAAGACUUGCUCGAGAGCAAUGCAAAGAAACGUGGGAGGCUGCUGGGUUUGGACGUUGGGGAGAGGUACGUAGGUUUAGCUGUUUCCGACCGACAGAACAGGAUUGCUUCCCCUUUAAGUGUUAUACUUAGGAAAAAAACCAAUAUCCCCAUAAUAGCCGAUGAUUUUCAGACUUUGAUCUCUGAACAAUCUCUGGCGGGAUUUGUUUUUGGUUGUCCUUUUGAUAGACAAUGGAGCGCUUCUUCUGCUUUGCAAAUAAAAAUCUUCAUAGAUGAACUUUGUAAAACAAACAAACUUGAAGGGUUAAAGUACACCUUUUGGGAUGAACGCUUUACGUCAAAGAACGUUGAAUUACUUUUAAAGCCUAUAACUUUACAUCCAAUUGAGACGAAGGCAGUUAUUGACAAGCUUUCUGCUGUUAGUAUUCUUCAGGGGUACCUAGAUUAUGUGAACAGAAAGCUAAAUUGAUAUAUAAUGGCUUUGAAUGGAUCAGGAGCUUCGUCAUGCGUUCUGCCAAAGUUAGAAGCAGCAACAGUGUGAACAAAUGCUGAUGGGCCAUUGGUUUCCUAGUUUCUCAUAUGGUUAUUGAAUAGAAAGGUGUUAGCGAAAGAAGGGUUGGUUUGCCGAGUUGUUAGGUAAUAAUCGAUAAUCUAUUCUUUUUCUGUGGAGGCCUUUUAACCGCCUGCACAGGCUAAUUGCAUAUCAAGGCAAGAGAAUCAUUUUCAUUCAAACUUUACUGUUGUUGUUGUUUUUUUUUUUUUUUUUUUCAAGUGUACUUAGAAAGCUGAGUAAUAGACAUCGAGCUUAUUUGAAAUACAAGUUAAUUACAAACAUUGAUAUGAUGCUUAUUUGUUACCC